AUGGAGGACUGGAAUUCCUGUCCGAUGGUCACCGCGAAAGAACUGCGCCAUUUCCGAGAGAGACCGCGGCAGGUGAAGAUGUUGACGAGAGAGUUCAUUGACGACAGUUUAUACAACCCCCAUUACGGGUACUUUUCGAAACAUGCAACUAUCUUCACGCCGGGAGAACCAUUCGACUUCAACAGCAUGGCGGAUGGGCCGACAUUCCAUCGCUUGCUCGAAGAGCGUUAUACCGAAUUUGAAGAUCGACUAGAUGAAAUACAGCCGGAUACAGCGCGUCAAUUAUGGCAUACACCGACGGAACUAUUCAAGCCCUACUACGGAGAGACAAUUGCUCGGUACCUGGUGUCGAAUUACAAGCUCACGUUGUACCCCUACCACGACCUCAUAAUCUACGAGAUGGGCGCCGGAAACGGUACCAUGAUGUUGAACAUCCUGGAUUUCAUCCGCGACACCGACUACGAGGUCUACCAGCGGACCAAGUUCAAGAUUAUCGAAAUUUCGCCUGCUCUCGCUAGCCUGCAGAUGAAGAAUCUGAUGGAUUCCGCCUAUGCAGCCGGCCAUUUGGAUCACAUUGAGAUUAUCAACAAAUCCAUCUUCGACUGGGAUACUUAUGUGCACUCACCCUGCUUUUUCCUCGCCCUCGAGGUUAUCGACAACUUUAGCCACGAUGCCAUUCGCUACGACCGCAAGACGGAGCAGCCUCAACAGGGCGGUGUGUUGAUCGACGCCGAUGGCGAGUUCCAUGAAUACUACAGUCUUCAGCUCGAUCCGGUGGCGGCGCGAUUCCUCCGGGUGAGACAAGCUGCUGCGCGACGGGAAUUCCCAUCUCCUCUGGGUCCGAAGGUCUUGCGCGGCGUUCGCGGCUCCUUGCCGUUUCAGGAACCCUUCACGCUGCCGGAGUACAUCCCCACCCGGCUCAUGCAGUUCUUCGAUAUCCUCGACACCUACUUUCCUGGCCACCGGUUGGUAGCCAGUGACUUUAGCAGCCUCCCCGACGCUGUACCGGGCAUCAAUGCGCCCGUCGUGCAGACCCGGUACAAACGGCGAACCGUGCCGGUAUCUACGCCUUUUGUUCACCAAGGCUAUUUUGAUAUCUUCUUCCCAACUGACUUCAACGUGGUCGAAGACCUCUACCGGGCCAUUACCGGGAAAUUGACCCAGGUCAUGAGCCACGAAGACUUUGUUCGCCGUUGGGCAUACAUUGAGGACACCGAGACGAGGAAUGGGGAGAACCCGCUUCUGAGCUGGUAUAAGAAUGCUGAUAUGCUGUUGACGGUGUAA